AGAGCCAAAAAAAUAUAAGCCACCAUAAAAUUAUGGCCUUAUCCACGCAUGGCCGUUGCCAUUCAAAAUAUGGAUAACUUAGUAGAGAUUGCAGCAGACUAAACAAUUAGCAGGAAACAAAAAUAUUGACUCAGUAAACAUGGCGGAUUCAGUAACAAUUUCACUACUCUCCACUGUUCCAGUUCCCAAUCCAGUACUGUCAACAAAAUCUGGAGAAUCUCAACUCAAAUAUAAUGUUCUUUUUCGAGGAAACCAAUGUUCUAUUUCUUCGAAAAUUGGUACAAAAUGUAGUGGAAUGAGGUCAUCAACAAGAUUGUAUGCAGGGUUGACGGAAAUAGAACCAGACAUUAAUGAAGAUCCUGUUGAUAGAUGGAGAACUAAUGGCAUUGAAAUUGAAGACUUUGUGUUUGGAAAGUACGAUGAUCAUCAUACCUAUUUUGAGAGUGAAGAUAAAGCUACAUUUUGGGAAUCCAUAAAAGAAGAUUAUGCUUCUGUUGCACCCCCAACAGGAUUUCAAGGUAUUAUUUCAUGGCUAUUCCUUCCUGCAAUUGCUGCUGGAAUGUACUUCAAUGUUCCAGGGGAGUACUUAUAUAUCGGAGCAGCUGUGUUUACAAUUGUGUUCUGCAUUAUUGAGAUGGACAAACCAAGUGAAGCUCAUAAUUUUGAGCCUCAGAUAUAUAACAUGGAACGAGGAGCUCGAGACAAGUUGAUAUCGGAUUAUAACACUAUGGACAUUUGGGAAUUCAAUGAGAAAUAUGGUGAUAUCUGGGAUUUCACUGUUAAGAUUCAGAAGGACGAUAUCAUGAAAAGAUAAAAGUAAAAUGAAACAAAUUGUGGUUUGAAUCGUCAACCUAGUUGUAUAAUCAAGGUAUAUAUGACAUUUCAUGUGAAUGAUAUCUUUUUCAUAUUUAGUUAAUGCUGUAGAUUAGUUUUUGCUGGCAGAUCAGAGGAACUAGAACAACGACAGAAUUUGUUACGGAUCGUUUAAUUUUCUUGUAUUGUUGGUGGGCAGAAGCAAGUAUCAGGUAAAAUAGUCGACGUGCGUGUAAGCUGGUCUAAAGUAGUCACUGUGAGGGUCUGUAACCCUUGUGCCUUUCUUGUGUAAGCACUAGGAAAGUUAGAUUCCUAUAUAACAAAGAUGAUUGUGGUAAA